GCGAGGACGAGCUAGAAGUGGUCGCGAUGGAUUUCUGGGUCAAGGUUCUGUUCAUUCUCAGCAUCUCGAUGUCCAUCAAAGUGGCAUAUUCGCAUCCCCGUGACUUGCAAAUCAGGCAUUAUCAACAGGACCACGGUGUCUGGCAGACCCAGUCCAACGAAUUCGGGCAUCACCCGGAGGAUGAAGAGAUCCACGAUCGUCACCAUGCUGUCCUCUUCGCUGCCACUCGCAGUGUCAAGAACGGUCCACCGAAAACAGGGGACGCUAUUGUCUUCGACCAGGUGCAGCUGAACCGAGAAGGAGGCUACGACCCCAACACCGGGAUCUUCACCUGCCCCGAAGAGGGCGUUUUCUUCUUCACCUUUUCCUUCCUGCCCGGGCUGGAAGAAGGCGACACCACCGUGGCCUUGGUGAAGAACGACGCCGUCCACGAGCGCCUCUACAGCAGUCUCCCGCCCGGCGCCACCCAGCUGUCCGAGCGUAGCUGCCUCUUACGGCUGGUGAAGGGAGAUCGGGUGUGGGUGAGCCUGGAAGAGGGCUCGGUGUUGAUGCAUCAGGCCUCCUUGUCCUUCCAGGGGUACCGCAUCUCCAGUUAAUUCUCUCCCCUUGCUUGGGUAGCAUUCCUUCCCCCUCCUUCUGUUCUAACUGACACGCUCUCUCCUUCCAGCUUCCGGUAUCUUUGCAGCCACCGUCUUCAACUGGAACCCCCACCACCCGGAACACGCGCUUGUGAAUUUUCUUCCUGCUCUACCAUUGCCCUGUGUUAUCAAUAAAGCACUCUGU